CCUGUCAGCUGCCUUCUCAGGCUCCACAUUCAUAUAAAUACCCCAGGGUUCUGCCCUCUUUAUUGCAGCAUCUUCCUUUACAACCAAGCCCACUCACACACACUUCAACACUUCAACACUUAUCCUACACAACAUGAACUCUGAAAUCGAGAACAAGACCAACCGCGCCCCUGCUGUCAAGGUUGGAGGCAUGCGCGUCCCUGCCGCUGACCACCCUGUCCCCGUCGUUCGCAAGGAAUACGAGCGUAAGGUCGAAAACGAUGAACAGAACGAGGAGGAGCGUCAGCUUGAGAAGACAGACCAGUUCGAGCAGGACAAGAUGGGCAGAAUUGCUGCCGGCGAGCGUCUUGCAAGGAUGCAGGAGAACCAGCCCAAGCACGAGCCCAACAACAACUUCCGUCAGAAGGAGAACAUCUACGUUAACCAGCCCAUCCUCCACACCCACAAUAAGUCUGGUGCCGCCGCUUCCGGACAGAACUAAACGACGGACUCUAUCUUUGCUCUAUCCGCUUCUUUCAUUUUUUCUUGUAAUGCUUAUAAAAAUACAGUUGCAGUAGUAGCAGGGUGCAGUUAGCAAAUAGGGGCGGCCUGUUUGCAUGAACAUACCUUUUACCCUUCCCCACACGACAAAACAAACAAUCACCAACACCAUUGGAUGGGCCCUUGGCCCAUUCCAACUGUAAAUAAUAAAAAAAAAAAUCUCUUACCCUA